GCUCAAGCCGCUCACCAGCGAGCGAAAGCCCUAUUGCUCAAGCGAUCGCGAUGGUGCAAGGGGCCACCACUGAUGCUGUCUUCGCUGCGGGAGGCUUCCUGAGUUCGUGGCGGCCAGCUCGAAAAGGUCAGCCGAGAUAGACCUCUUCGGGCCGUGUUCUGCUCGCCGUGCUGCUAGUCGCAGGGGUCGGGCCGCCCUCGAGGCUACCCUCCGCGAUCGUGCUUGCGUGGGCGAGCCACACUCAUGGCAGGACAGGGAGAUGGCGGCCAGGCACGGUCUGAGGCUCCUGUCGCGCGGCCAGUCUGUCCCUGGGGGAGCCCGCAGGAAGAGGAAUGCGGCGUGGCACGCUGCUCGCGUUCCAGCGAACGGCUUUGUGGCUGCCUCGCCAGAAGAGCUCGCUUGGGCAGCAGGCAGCAGCGGAGCCCAGGCUGGAACAUCACGCUGCUGCUGCUGGUCCUGCCGUCGGGGGAUCUGCCAUGCGGGCCGAUGUCGUCGCCUUCGUGCCGCUGGGGGCUGGGGCUGGAGAUGGAGCUGCCGAGGUUCCGCCCGUUCCCGGCGCCGCCGAUGGCGGGAUGACAUGCAGCACAUGCGGGGCGAUCGUCUUCCCUGGUGCUGUUGUGCGCUCGAUGUGGGACGUCGCCACCGACCCGAUCUGCGUUUCGGAGUUUGGUGCGGUGGAGUCGAACUUCCUCGGCCCUCCUCCCGCUCGGGCGUUUGCUGCUGAGGAGCCUGCGCGAGGACGCGACGAUGAGGGUGAUGGUUCAGGCAUCGCGGCUUCUGGGCCCCUGCGGGGGAGGACUGCCCGCAGAGUUAUGCAGCCGCCGCCUGCAGCCGGUGCGUGGGAGCCCGUGGGUUUGCCGGUGGACACCGGUGAGGGUCUCCUCUUCGCUAAUUGUGCUGCCUCUUCAUCGGUUAUGUUUUUCUCAUCGCCCUCGUCUUCUGCUGGGAUGCGGCUGACGUCGUCGACUGCUGGGGCUGGAUUCACAUAGUAUUGUUGCGUUGCUUACGAUUCGGAGGACGACGACGCUCUGCUCAACGAAUCUGACUUCAGCGGCCUCGGCAUAGAAUGCUUUCUCUCGGGCUUGCAUUGCUGUUCUUCAGGUACGGUUUGAUGUGUAUGAUAAUUCUGGCGUUGGAUUUACGGCGCUCUGCGAUUGUUGUGGCAUCUGUUAUUCUCUCGUGCGGGGCAUGGGCUUCCUGCUACGAUUUGAUCGUAAUGUAUGUGGCACUGCGGACCGACGAGAUCGAGCAUCGCUUCUUGGUUAUGUGCUCGGCGUAUUGAAUUACAUAUUCGCUGUCUCUGCUUUCUUGAGGUUCGUUGUUUAUGCAAGCGAUAUUCACGUUGUCUCUGGGGUACCUCGCUCUGCUACGUACGUUUUCAGCGUGUUCAUGCAGGUCGUGCUGUUCACCGCGCUCUUCCCGACUGAGGUGUUGCCGAUGGC